AUGCUGACCUUUGCCAACCUGCUUUCCGUGCUUCCACUCAACAUGCACACUUUCGAUACACUGCCAGAGAUAGUUCAAAAAGAAAUCAAGGGACAAGCAAAGAUUAAACUUUCAGAAUAUAAGAAGCGACUUGCCACACGUCAACGUUUGCUGCCCGAACAAGAUCUGAUGUUACACCUUCAGCCACAAAUCUGCUAUCAAGGAGAAAAAUCGCCAGAAGGACAAACGCCGUGGCCGCAGGAGAUGACUCAGUAUUUUUGUGCAUCGAAUGAACUCGCGAACUGGUGUUUCAAAUAUAACAAUCUGUAUCAGACCACCGAGAACGUGUUUCCUCUGCCUAAAGGAUAUUGUCUUCACACAAGCCUCAGUUGCUACAGAGUUCGUCGUUGGAAUCAAGCACUGGACGAUUGCCAUAAGUGGCUUUGCAUGGCUACUUUCUUCCUGGUGUCCAUAGUUUUGCAUUCUUGGUAUGUCAAAUCACAGGAGCCACAGCAAGACCGACGUCCAUCAUUGCCGUCUCCACCGCCGCCGACAAGAAAACUUCCGAAAAGUGGCCCAAUUCCACCACUCCGAAAUCUUCGAAGUCGACAUGAAAACUACAAAAGCAGAAGAUAA